UUUAAAAAACAUUCCCCAAUUUUGUUAUUUUGUCGCGUCUAUGUCGCAUGCGUAGAGAGCCGGUUAUAAUUAUCAAAACUAAGCUUUAAACCACGGGUAUGAUUAUAACCCGGGUAUGUGUUUGGAGAAGCACGAUGCGGGACAAGACACCGGCCGUGUUUUGGAGAGGACAUGGCACGUACACACAGGGUCAGAGUCCUGAGCCGCGUAUUCGUGAAUACUUCUACUAUCUUGAUCAUCAAGGCCAGCUUUUCCUGGAUGAUACCAAGGUGAAGAAUUUUGUCACCUGUUUUAAAGAUCAGCAGUUUCUGGUUUUCUUUUUUAAGCAUUUGAAAAUCAAUCGAAGCGACCGCUACCAGCAGCACUUCCCCUUCCUUUCGUUGUGUGGACGUGAGAGGAACUUCCUACGUUGUGAUGAUCAGCCAAUCGUAUUUACUCAUUUGUUGUCUGAGACGGGGCAAGGGGCACAUCUGUCCUAUUGUGGAGGUGGGACUAAACUGACCUUUCCUUUCCAACCUCAUUCCUUGUUCAUGCAUCCAGACAGUGGCAGAGUGUACCAUCCUGCUCCUGAGCUCACAGGGGGUGUUGGAUUGGUACGUUCUGCACUGGCCAUUGAGUUCAGCUCUCACUUUCACUACUCUUCAGGUCAAGACAGUUCUGCCCAACCUACUCAUUUCCUGUGGGCUGGGCAGCAUUAUAAACUGACUAAUGAGCUUUUAAGGCAUUUCGCAGUGAAAUAGAAAGCAUUGUCUCAUUUAUUUGCUAUAACUCCCAAUACUUAUUACGAAAUACGCUUAAGAAACCAUCAUAUCACCAUUUUUGCCAGAAUGCUUACUGUAAAUAAAACUCUUAAGACAUGUGUUAUGAAUAUGUAUAUAUGUAUGCACAUAUUUGAUCAUUAAAAGGUUUUGAUCAUAGGUUUUUCAAUGUAUCAUUUAUAUCAUGUACAGUGUAAGAAACCCUUUACAUUUCUCAGGCUUUAUUUGCACCAAAGAAUGUUAAAGGAUAGAGUAUUAUUUUAUUUUGUAUAGUAAAACAAACUAAAUUGCAUUAGUUGAAGAAACAAGGUGUUUUAAACAUAAGCUACUUGGUUACACUUUCAAUAACAGAUUUAGGAUGAAUUCAGACAUUUAAUUAUACUAUAAAAAAUAUAGGUCUAUACGAAAUAAAUACAUAAAAGCACACGGUAUAUUCCUUAUACAUGAUCAUAACACUCGUAUGUGCUUGUUGAACCCUUUGCUGUUAUAAUAACCUCCAUUCUUCAGGGAAAGCUUUCCACUGUGGCCAUUUGUGUUGUCAUAAGAGUGACAUUAGUGCGGUCAGGCAUGUCACCAUAUGUCCUCAUACUUUUGGCCAUCCAUCCAUGUUCUAUACUGCUUAUCCUACACAAGGCGGGGGACACCCUGGACAAGGUGUCAACACAUCACAGGGCACAAUUGUGCACACAUUCACACACUAAGGACAAUUCGGAAAUGCCAAUCAGCCUACAACGCAUGUCCUUGGACUGGGGGAGGAGCAUGGGGAUGACAUGCAAGCACCGCGCACACAGGGCGGAGGUGGGAAUUGCUGUAGAGUGAAGAUGGAGAAGAAGAAGAAGCACACUCUAGAUGUACUGAUCUCAAGGCUUAGUUGAAAAUGGAUCCCUAUCCCCCAUAUAGCAGAUUUUAUGGAGAAAAUAAAAGAACUAGUCCAUGCAUGCAAAAAGUUGUACCUUAAAUAUUAAUGGUUACUGUGCCUCAGCUUCUCUUAGUGUAGGCACCCUAUCUAGUGCACUGUGUGUCAAACUGGGCAAAAAAAUGUUCCUAGGGAAAGGAACUAGGGGGACUAGGGCGACAGGCUUUUAAUAUUGCGUACUACUGUAGUGCAUUAACCAUUUUAGCACAAAGGAGCAGUCUAGAAAAUUCCACAGAAACCCCAACGUUUGCAGUUUCAUUAGAUAGAAUAAACCUUAAAACCCAAACUCUGUG